AUGCGAGCGGAGCCCGCGGGCGCAACUUUCCGCGCGGCUUCUGCAGCAGGGAGACGGCGGCAGCAGCAACCUCUGCACCUUGCCCUCGGGGAUUAUAGCAAGGGCGGCGCUGCCCACGCCGGCUCCCUGGCAGCAGCAGACGGUGUCCGCUAUGGAGCGCCAGCUGUGAGAGAGGCGUUAGAAGAGAAUGAAAAGAACGGAAUUUUGACUGCUCUAUUGAGCAGGCAUGGCCUACGCAGAGAUGACGAGGAAGCGCUUAACUCUAUUAUGAAGGAUCUGGCAGCAUUGGGCAAAUGCGGGGGACUGCUGGACAGCAACAGGAACAAAACUAGCGUUCACUCCAACAAACAGCAGCGGAAUGCCAGGAUCAAGUUUGAAUAUGAUGGAGAGAAAAGGAUUCUCCAGUUUCCAAGACCAGUCAAAUUCAAAGAAGUGCUCCAGAAAGUCAUGGAUGCGUUUGGACAGAUGAUGGAUUUGCACUAUGCAAACAAUGAGCUUCUGAUCCCACUGAAAUCCCAGGAAGACUUGGACCGAGCGGUGGAGCACUUGGACCUUAGCCCUUCUCUGAAGAGUCUGAGGGUGUUUGUGAAGGCUCCAAGGAAAGCUAACUUCCUCCAGCCCAACAACAGUAAGCAGCAUGAGAUGAGAAUAUCCAAGUCCACGGGCGACAUCAUGGGGUCCCUGUAUAAAGACGCUGAGAGGACGCGGAAGUAUUCAACAGGUUCCCUGCACACGGGCCGGAGUUCUCCACCCCCGGGGAGCGUUCCUGAAGAACAGCAGCAGAUCGCUCGGCAGGGCUCCUACACCAGUAUUAACAGCGAAGGGGAGUUCAUCCCUGAGAUUAUGGACCAGAAUAUGCUUGAACCUUUCAUCAGUCCUGAUGAGUCACUCUCUGGAAGCUGCCAGUCUCUGGACAGAUCUAUAGACAGCCCGCCCUUUACCCAAACCCCUGUUCCCAGAAGGAAGAGCCAACCCAAAGACAGUCUUGAUUGCCUGGAUUUCGAUAUCCCGUUUUGUGAGCGAUUCGGGAAAGGUGGGACCUUCCCCAGACAAUAUCACCUUUCCCAGAGCCGCAAGGACUAUAGCGAUGGCCGAAGGACUUUCCCAAGGAGUUACGUCCCUCAGGAGAAUCGGUUUCAGCUCGUCCCUUCCAGCAGAACAAAGAGCUUCAACGGGGACAGCAAGCUCCUCACCUUACAGUACGAGGCGCACAGGACCAAAUGGUGGAUCGACUGUGACAAGGGACUGCAGGUUUUCAGCACGUCCCCCAGCAAGUCCAGGAACUCCCUGCAGGCGCCAGUGAACUGGAGGUUGGGGAAGCUCCUUGGCAGAGGGGCCUUCGGAGAGGUUUAUCUCUGCUACGACGCAGACACUGGCAGGGAGCUGUCAGUGAAGCAGGUGCCCUUUGACCCAGACAGUCAAGAGACCAGCAAGGAGGUAAAUGCCUUAGAAUGUGAGAUCCAGCUGUUGAAGACCCUUCGCCAUGACAGGAUAGUCCAGUAUUAUGGUUGCUUGCGGGACCCGGAAGAGAGGAAGUUGUCUAUCUUUGUGGAAUACAUGCCAGGGGGUUCCAUAAAGGACCAAUUGAAAGCAUAUGGUGCUCUGACCGAGAACGUCACCCGGAAGUACACCAGGCAGAUUCUGCAGGGAGUCUUCUACUUACACAGCAAUAUGAUUGUCCACAGGGAUAUUAAAGGUGCCAACAUUUUGCGAGAUUCUGCUGGAAAUGUGAAACUAGGAGAUUUUGGUGCCAGCAAACGCAUCCAGACCAUCUGCAUGUCUGGAACGGGAAUUAAAUCGGUCACCGGAACGCCAUACUGGAUGAGCCCAGAGGUGAUCAGUGGAGAAGGCUAUGGAAGGAAAGCUGACGUGUGGAGCGUGGGCUGCACCGUGGUGGAGAUGUUAACAGAAAAGCCACCCUGGGCGGAAUUUGAAGCCAUGGCGGCCAUUUUCAAAAUCGCCACCCAGCCGACCAAGCCCCAGCUCCCAGACGGCGUCUCGGACUCCUGCCGCAAUUUCCUCAAGCAGAUCUUUGUGGAGGAGAAGCGGAGGCCCACAGCAGAGGACCUACUAAGACAUUCAUUCAUGAACUGCAGCCUCUAG